UCGGCGGGCGGAAGCCGGAAGCGGAAGUCGACGUUGCUGGGGCGGUGGAGCAGCAGCAGCAGCAGCAGCAGCAGCAACGUGAGCGGGAGGGAAGAUGCUUCCGCUCUCCUUGCUGAAGACGGCGCAGAACCACCCCAUGCUGGUGGAGCUGAAGAAUGGGGAGACUUACAAUGGUCACCUGGUCAGCUGUGAUAACUGGAUGAACAUCAACCUGCGCGAAGUCAUCUGCACCUCCAGGGACGGAGACAAGUUCUGGCGGAUGCCCGAGUGCUACAUCCGCGGCAGCACCAUCAAGUACCUUCGCAUCCCGGACGAGAUCAUCGACAUGGUCAAGGAGGAGGUGGUGUCCAAGGGGAGAGGCCGCGGCGGGAUGCAGCAGCAGAAGCAGCAGAAGGGGCGCGGAGUCGGCGGCACCGGCCGGGGUGUGUUUGGCGGCCGUGGACGAGGGGGGAUCCCAGGCAGCGGCCGAGGAGGACAGCAGGAGAAGAAGCCCGGGCGUCAGGCAGCCAAGCAGUGAGGAGCCGAAGAUGGCGCCCCGGACUCCAGUGCCAUGCCAGGAAGGCUGGUCUGCCGUCCCUCUUCACCCACAAAAGAAACUCUUAGGUCCCUCUGUUUCCAUGCACCUCGGGGGAGACGGAAGCCACUGGCCUCAAGUUUGGGUCUCUUUUUGCUUUUAAGUUCCAGUUAUUAGAAAUGAGUGUUUAAAGCGUCUCCCCUGAGCGCAUACACACAGUUUAGCUCUUAAUUUGAGAAUCCAGGUAACCUUUUGGAGGGGCGAUUCGACUUCGCCUCUUCGCUUUUUUGUUUUUUGGAAUCGUUUUGGCAAGAGAAACGCCUUGCCAGCCUUUGGAACGACAGUAACGGAGAGGACGAGCGAGGCUUUCCGCUCAGAGUGUCAGGAUUAAACGAUGUAGCUUUCUUUUUAUUAGGAAAUGGGACUUGUCAAAGGCAACUUCAGCUCCGGGUUCAGUUUUUGGGGAGCGGGGUUGGAUGAAAAGGUGUCGCCGGGCCAGGGAAUUCUGCUGCUUCCACCUGGGCUCUCAUCACACCUGUGGGAACAUACCUUUUCAGCCGGAGUUUAGUCUCCCAGCCUCCCUCUGCUCCUGUCUCUCUUGUUCAGCCUUCCCCCCAGAUAUUUCCCAGGGAUGUUUGGUGAGCAGGAGGUGAUCUGCGUCCAUUCAUCCCCCAGGAUGUUACCGGACUCCGACUCCCAUCUGCACAGCCGAUAUUCUGGGAUGCUGAUGGGAACUCCAAUCCAGCAACAUCUGGAGGGAGUCGGGCUAAUCUCUGCUUCCAAAUUCUCCACACACCCAUUUCACUCCCAGGUGGAAUUUGUUGCCUCAGCCUCAGAUCUAAAGCAUCCCGUUUGUGUGACCCUUCUGAGAAUCUCACGGGAGGGUGCAUCAGCCGCCUCCAUGAUAUCACCAGCAGUUGGUCGGAGCCAGAACAAACGACCUGCGACCAUUCUUUCCUUUUCUUCUCCUUUUUUUCAAUAAAAAAAAACGUGCUUUGUAACCCAGUUUUAAGUUUACGAGCAGAAUAAACUUGGAAUCAGC